ACACACACACACACACACACACACACACACACAGAGUAUAAAAGGCCCAGUUCAUGUGCACUUCAGUACUGUGAGGAUCCACAUAAAGCCUUCAGAGAUGGUGAACUGGACACUUCUGCUUGUGGCUCUGUCAUGUGUAAAGUUCUCUGUAUCUGGCAGAGAACCAGAAUAUUUCAGUCCAAGGAGCUGCAAAGAGCUGAUGCAGAGAUACAAAACCAAGGAAGAUGGUCUUUAUUACCUGAGCACGGCGAGCGGUGUGGUGUAUCAGACGUACUGUGACAUGACGACUGCAGGAGGAGGAUGGACUCUGGUGGCCAGCGUUCAUGAGAACAACAUGUACGGGAAAUGCACCACCGGUGAUCGCUGGUCCAGUCAGCAGGGUGGAAGUCCAAAUGUACCUGAUGGAGACGGAUCGUGGAGUAACACCGUCACAUUCGGCACUGCAGAAGCUGCAACCAGCGACGACUUCAAGAAUCCUGGGUAUUAUGACAUCACAGCGGAGGACGUGGCGGUGUGGCACGUUCCCAAUAACGAGAGAGUGGAUCAGUGGAAAGUGAAAUCAUUCCUGCGCUACCACACAGAGACCAAAUUCCUCAAUAGCUACAGAGGAAACCUCUACAAUCUCUUCAAGCAAUUCCCAGUGAAGUUUGGAGUAGGAAGCUGUCCUGCUAACCACGGCCCCUCUGUUCCUGUAGUGUACGAUGUGGGAAACACCAAAUCCAACCAUAACCUUUAUGGACCCAACAUCAGAGGGACGUCUGAACCCGGAUUCAUCACAUUCCGAGCCAUUAACACGGAGCGGGCGGCGCUGGCGAUCUGCUCGGGUGUCAAACCCACAGGCUGCCACAAUGAACACUGCUGUAUUGGAGGAUGUGGUUAUUUUCCUGAAGCGUCUCCGAGACAGUGUGGAGAUUUCACAGGAUUUGACUGGGACGGUUACGGCACUGGAGUUGGAUGGAGCGCCAGUAAGCAGGUGACCGAGGCGGCGGUGCUCAUCUUCUACCGCUGAGAUCCUCCUGAUCACACCCCAGAUCCUCCAGGCUGAAUUGCAGAUCACACAUCUGAUCAAUAAAAUAUAUUUCAUGCAAAUAAAAUAAUAAACAGCUGUGUGUCACUUGG